AUGGACUCCCAUAUAGAAAUGGGCUACCGUUCGCCGAACACGCCAUCAUUGAUGUCCCCAGAUGCAAUUUCGGUCGCCACCACCGACAAACCCCUUCUGUCCAAGGACUCCUACUAUGAUGCCCCAGGCGACAAAGACUUUAGCCAGAAAUCUCAGAAGCCGUGGCACAUAAAUGUCGGUGACCAGACUCAAGAUGCCCCGAAACGAGUAAUACAAAGGACCGCUCCUCGAAUCUUAACCGCAUGGCUCCCCCACGCGCCGGCAAUCAGCGUUACCUGCAUCAUCGUGUGGAUGAGCCAUUCUCAAAUCUUCUGGUAUCCCGAAAGCGGGCCCGAUGUGCCUGUCAUCGGCUAUUUUGGGAAUAAGCAUACCGUCAUCUCCAACUUCCUCCAAUUCGUCUCGAAGCUGCACGAGUUGAUGGUUGUGGCCUCGCUUGCCGCCAUUGCGUUGUCCAUGUUUCGAAGAAGGCUCGUCGGGUCAGGAGUUCGGCUUGGAUUUCUCACCGGCGGCUAUCGCCUCGGUGAUCUAGCCUACCUUACGAGCAGUGCCUUUUGGGGCCUCGGGCGAGUGGGAACGUCAGAAGUUAUCCUCGUCGCCUUCGUCGUUUUUGGUACAAUCAUGUCGACAAUCAUUGGUCCUGCUUCUGCAAUUCUGUUCGUCCCUAGUCUUGGCUGGUAUGAUUUGCCAGGGGUUUUCGACGCUGUCAAGAUGCCUCUAGCCUACUCCUUGAAAGCUGAACGAGCAUGGCCACAAAAGCUGGACAAUACUUUUCUCGACCUUACACAGAACCCUGACUGCAAGACAACCGAGAGUAUCUUCCAGCCGUAUUGCGCUGCUGGCGGUUUCUCAGAUAUUUGGAACUGGUUGUCGGGUUUCCGUUAUACAGACCUGGAUAAGAACAUUACGUUCUCGUCGGAAAUUGGCCGUCGUUUGGAGCUCUCCGAGAAAAACUCAGUCUCAUUGUUCACGACACCAUCAAGCUUCGCCAUGAGCAGUAUUGGUCUCUUCACAAACCACAUCCAAAAGUCAGAUGAUAUUGGGUUGCUUUCGCAAACGCAGCGCUAUAAGCUUACAACGAAGACGGAAAUGAAGCAACCAUUUGUUCAAGGCAAAUGCGCCAUCUACGACAAAGAUGAACUGCUAAAAACUGGAGCGGAGGCCAUUUUCCCGACGACCGCCCUUAAUUGCCACGGAGACGCAGAUUGUCUCUCACUCCAGCAAAACGUACCUCACGUCCGUCGAGAUUAUUGGAAUACGGCCAAGAACGAUACUAUACCAACUUACACCUUGCAUCACAACGCUGUGCCGGGUGUCAAGACGGUCAUCCAGAUAGCUGGAACGAUGCCGUACGCAUCCCAGGACAUGGAACAAAGGACGUGGGUGUAUGCCUGUAACUUCCUAGCGCGUUGGGUGCCUUCGAAGAUCUCUGUCGAUCCAUCAGUGAGCAAUAUCAUCGAGUCCAACGUCAGCUCUCCAGACACUAUGAACAAAUUGUUCGAAGACGACGAAUCUCACCGUGGGAGCGUUAUCACAGUCGGUGAUGAUUGGCUUAUUGGUAUUGAUCCCAAGUUCAACAUCACGCGACACAUCUUCCUCACAGAUUCCAAAACAUACGACAACAGACUGUUUUGGACAUCGCCUAUGGAUAUGAUUCUCAAUCGAUUCUUAUACCGCCAUGAGCGUGAAGACGGUAACUUUGUCCGAUACUUCGAUACUAUUGCCGACAACAAGAACCCGCAGGUGAAUAAGGAGGACACUGAAACAUUUUUGGCCAAGGCGUAUGGCGUCUUUCUCACGGACGGACUGUCUCGCACCUCUUCCGGUCGUCAGACCUUUCUCAUUCUCAAGGAGGAAAAGGAUAACAUCACAUGGAUCGACCUUGCCGUUCAAAACGGCCUCUGGUCAGGCGCUCACAGCUACGUUAGCGUGGACAACAAGACGUACCCUUCGAAGGAGAUCUGGAACGAUAACUUCAAAGAGACACCGUACAAAAAUACAAUGGAGCAAUGGAGGCAGGGUUUCCGAGAGUAUGUACAAAUCGACUUUGACGCCGAGCGGCACGGUUACGGCUCAGGACAGUGGUCCAAGACGCUGGAGUUUGCCCUUGUCAUGAUGUACAUUUAUCUUGGCAUCGUCGGCAUUUACGGAGCGGUUGUACUCACGUCACAGGUACUGGAUUGGAUUGGCUGUGCUUUGGGUGGCAGGAGUAUCGAUCUAAGGAGCGUGACAGCGUGGUCUGACCUACAAGAUCUAGUGCUCCUAGCGCUACGAUCAGAACCCCCACCAGACGCGGACUUGAAGCACGUUGGAGCUGGUGUCGGUUCUAAGAAUAACUUGUGGAAGAAGGUUAUCAAGGUCAGGGUUGGCGAGGAUAACGCUUUGAAGCUUGUCCUGCACGAUCAAGAUGGGGCAUUGCCACCACGGAAGGGAGAGAAAUAUUCGUAG